AUGGAUACAAUACAUUUUAUUGUCAAUGGUGUGGAAUGUUCUGUUGGUGGCGAAGUGAGUUCCAACACGACGCUCCUAGACUACAUUCGCAACACGUUGGAACUGCGUGGAACGAAGUACAUGUGUCUGGAAGGAGGGUGUGGCGCCUGCAUCGUCAGCAGUAUACGUCCUGGGGGUACCGAGGAAUCUGUUAAUUCUUGCCUAGUUCCCAUAACAUCAUGUCAUAAUUGGAAAAUAACAACAAUAGAGAAUAUCGGCAAUCGAGUUAAGGGCUAUCACAUUUUGCAAAAGACACUAGCCGAAAAUAAUGGUACCCAGUGUGGGUACUGCAGCCCUGGAUGGGUUAUGGCUAUGUAUAGUCUUCUUAAAUCUAAACCACUUACAAUGUUGGAAAUAGAAGAGUCUCUAGCCAGCAACAUGUGCCGGUGUACGGGCUACAGACCAAUAAUGGACGCUUUUAAAAAAUUCGCUUCUGACGCUCCUAGUGUUGAAAAAAUAGGAAUCGACAUUGAAGAUUUACAUCUAUGCAAAGAUAAAUGCUCAAGUACUUGUGAAGAUUAUGACUGGUGCUUAAUAUCUAAAUCUAAUUUGGAAAAUAUUAUUCAUAUUAAACUUAAGGAUGAUAAAGAAUGGUUUAAAGUAAACACUACGGUUGAUGUUUUUAGUAUUUUAAAUGAUAAAGGUGACGAUUCGUAUAUGCUCGUGGCUGGUAAUACUGGAAAAGGUGUAAUUCCAAUAUCUGAAUAUCCAAGAAUUUUAAUAGAUAUAAGUGGUGUAUUUGAAUUAAAAGGGUAUUAUUUUGAUCAAAACUUAAUAAUUGGUGCUGGAAAUACGCUGACAGAAUUGAUGGGCAUAUUUGAUACAGUUUCAAAGAAUGAAUACUUUGGUUAUCUAAAAGUGUUAAACGCUCAUUUGAAAUUAGUCGCUCAUAUACCGGUCAGAAAUACAGGAACUAUCGCUGGUAAUUUAAUGCUUAAACACAAAGAUCCAGAAUUUACUUCUGAUGUGUUUCUGAUUUUACAAACAGUUGAAGCCGAGAUAACAAUAUUGCAAUCCUCUGGUGUAAAAAGUAUAAUUUCACUAGACGACUUCUUAAAAACAAAUAUGAGGAGCAAAAUAAUAUACAAUGUUCUCCUUCCCCCUCUUAAUACGGAGAAUCACGUUGUCACAUACAAGAUUAGGCGCAGAGCUCAAAACGCACAUGCUAUGGUCAACGCGGGUUUUCUUUACACUUUAAAUAAUUCGAACCAAGUAAAAAGCAGCAGAAUUGUUAUCACUGGUCUGACUCCUGGAUAUUCAAGGGCCACUAAAACUGAAGCAUUUUUGGUUGGAAAGAAUUUGUUUACCAAUGAAACUUUGCAAGGAGCAAUUAAAGUGUUGUCUAACGAAAUUGUCGUCACAGACUCACUUCUGGAAGGUUCAGCGGAAUAUAGAAAAAGAGUUGCCAUUGGAGUUUUCUACAAAAGUCUAUUGUAUCUGUGUCCAAAAAACAUAUUAGACAAAAAAUACCAUUCUGGUGCUUUAAAAUUGUACGACACACGACCUGUCUCCAACGGGCAACAAUUUUAUAACACGGACCCGUCUAUUUGGCCUCUCAAUCAGCCUAUACAAAAGGUCGAAGGCUUAAUACAAUGUGCAGGAGAAGCCAAAUAUACUGAAGAUAUUCCAACAAUCCCAGGGGAAGUUUAUGCAGCCUUUGUAUUAAGUACUAUAGGACUUGGUAAAAUUAAUAAAAUUGAUGCAUCGGAAGCUUUGGCUCUUAAAGGUGUUAUAGCAUUUUACACAGCAGAUGAUAUACCAGGAAUGAAUAUAUUUUAUGUUAUUGAGGGUUCAGAUCCAGAAGUACUUCUUAGCAACGGUGAUAUACAAUUUUAUAAUCAACCGGUUGGUAUUGUUGUCGCUGAAACUAAGUAUAUCGCAGAAAGAGCUGCAGAACUAGUUGCCAUUACUUAUAGUUAUAGCAAAACACCUAUAAUUGAUAUUAAAAUAACUAAAAAUGACGAAACUAAAACUACUCUUGCUAAUAAUAUUCCCGCUACUAAAGAAGGACGUGAUGUUGCAAGAGUUAUCAAAGAUACAAAUACAUUGUAUGGACAAUACCACUUUUGUUAUGAAAAUAUAGUUUGUGUCGCGUGGCCUACUGAAGAAGGUCUUGCCGUUCGAACUGCUACGCAAUGUACAGCUUAUGACCAAAUUACGACAGCAAAGGUUUUGAAUAUUGAUCAAAACAGAAUCGAUGUAGCUGUUAAACGAGUUGGAGGUGCAUUUGGUUUGAAGGCAACAAGACAAUUGCAAGUGACAGCUGCUUGUAACCUAGUUGCCUUCUUGUCGAAUCGUCCCUGUCGAUUUGUUCUACCUUUACGGACAAGCAUGAGAACUGUGGGAAAACGGUUCUCAUCUUCCAUUGAUUAUGAGGUGGGCGUUAGCAAAACAGGAAUAAUUCAAUACGUAAACUUUGAUGUUUACGAAGACAACGGGUAUAUAGUUAGCGAGCCAUUAAUAUUAACCACAUAUGAAUGCUAUAGUAACUGUUACCCCAUGGACAAGUGGAAUUUCAGAGCCUUUAAUUCCGUAACUGAUAAAGCAUCGAAUACUUACUGUAGAUCUCCAGGAGCUCUAGAAUGCAUUGCUACAAAUGAAAUCAUUUUGGAAAGGAUUUCUUACGAAAUGGAAUUCGACCCGGUGGAGUUACGAUUAGCAAAUUUAGACGAAAAACAUAAACCUAUUUUAACUGAAAUGGUUGAAAAAUUGAAAACGGAUGCAAAUUAUCAAGAAAGGAAAAUAAUGGUUGAUACCUUUAACAAGGAAAACAGGUGGAAAAAGCGCGGGUUAAGAUUUGUGUUAAUGAAAUGGAAUUCAGUGAAUCCAUUUUACGCAGAUGUUAACAUAUCAGUAUAUCAAAGUGACGGAACAGUCGCUAUAGCUCAUGGUGGAAUAGAAAUUGGCCAAGGAAUCAACACGAAAAUAAUUCAGGUGUGCGCAUAUUUCUUGAAUAUACCGAUAGACAAAAUUAUAGUUAAAGCUAGCGAUACGGUAAUUGCUCCCAAUUCCUCACCAACAGUUGGUAGUGCAACAUCUCAAAUGAUAGCUUUGAGCGUCCAAAGAGCAUGUAAAGAAUUACUAAACAGACUACAACCAUUAAGAGAAGAGUUGAAUAAACCUUCAUGGGAAGAACUUGUUAAAGAAGCAUUCGAUAGAGGUAUAGAUUUACAAGCACAUGGUUUUGUUAAUACAGCUGAUGUUCAAAAUUUGGAUAUUUAUGGAGUGACUCUGGCAGAAGUUGGAAUAGAUGUGUUGACGGGCGAAUGGACUAUAAUUAGAGUAGAUCUAAUGCAAGACGUUGGGAGGAGCGUUAGUCCUUAUAUAGAUAUUGGACAGUUAGAGGGUGCAUUUAUAAUGGGUGUAGGAUAUUACACAACAGAAGAGUUAAUUUAUGACCCAAAAACUGGGGAGCUUUUAUCGGAUCGCACUUGGAACUACAAAAUUCUCCAAGCUCGAGAUAUACCAGUAGACUUCAGAGUUUACUUCAGGCCGAAAUCAUACAGCAAUGAUAUAGUUCUUGGAUCUAAAGCGACUGGUGAACCAUCCACAGUUAUGUCAGUGGUAAUUCCUAUUGCUAUGCGUGAAGCAAUCGUCUCAGCCAGGAGUGACUCUGGCUUACCAUCAAAUGACUGGUUUCAAAUAGAUGGUCCAUUCACUGUUGAGAAAAUAUGUUUGGCGACUUGCACCAAAAUGGAAGAUCUUAAAUAUUAUUAG